AUGAAUAUGGCAGCUGUGACACAGCAAGAAGCAGAACUCCAUUCACAUGAUGUUCUCUAUAUGAUACCCAGCACCAAAUAUCAAUUUGAAAGGGAUGGUGAAAAGACGCUCUUACAAGACUAUAUGGGAGAUGACAUGCCAGCGAAUACCAAUCAAAUCAAUGGCAACGAUAUGCUGUCCUCUAGCCCACCUGCACUGACUCAGUUCCUUGGUAAGCAUGUGCCAGUUCAAUUGUACGACAACCCACCCCCAGCACUAUCCAUAACCAAUGUACCAUCUUCAACAAGAUCCACUGGUAGAUCUCGCUCGCUAUCCACCAAAAAAUCAUCUCUGCGCAAGUCUUUUUUUCACAAGGUCAAGUCCUUCUUUUUGUAUUCCAACAAGAGUUGA